AUGCCCAUCACACUUGACUCUGGCACCCGUCACUUCAUGUCAACGCUUUCCAAUCUCACAUUGAAUCAUAUACGUUUAUCUACAGCAUCGGAUAUGACUUCUAUCGAAAUUACCCAGCGGCUAUUUGGCAAUUCGUUGAAGACUUCAGUCAUUGGAUACCUCUGUUUUCGACCUCAUCCAAUCAGUAUUCCGAGUACCUGUGUCACAGUAGGCAGGUCUUCAAAUCAUCUCAGACAAACACUCUCUGUGCAACCCAACCCUCUCAAAUUUGAUCUCAUAAAAUAUGUUGCUCAACUACGGGAAGGAAUUCUAGAGACAUACACUGUAGUCGUCACUGCAUUCAAGAAUACCCAGAGAGCACCCGCACUACUCCCUUACAUGCCAUCCUUGAGCUCGUCCAUCAAUGUCUAG